GCCAUGGAGCGCGCCGACGCGGCGCUGCUCCCGGCGGUGUACAGGGAGAUCGGCGCCGGGCUGCGGGCCUCGCCGUCGGCGCUGGGCUCCAUCGCGCUCUCCCGCUCCGUCGUGCAGGCCGCGUGCUACCCGCUCGCCGCGUACCUCGCCGCGCGCCACGACCGCCUCACCGUCGUCGCCCUCGGCGCCUUCCUCUGGGCCGCCGCCACCCUGCUCAUCGCCGUCUCCACCACCUUUCCUCAGAUGGCGGUGACGGCGGCGUUGAACGGCGUCGGGCUGGCGCUGCAGAUCCCGGCGAUAUACGCCUUCGUCGCCGAUUCCGUCGAUGGCACGAGCAGGGGCGUGGCGUUUGGGUGGCUCAUGGUGGCGGGAAAGGUCGGCACGGUGGGUGGCACUUCUCUUGGCCUCCUCAUGGCGCCCACCUCGUUCUUGGGUAUUCCGGGCUGGCGCCUCGCCUUCCUCCUGCUCGCUGCCGGCGGCGCCGUGGUCGGUGUGUCCAUCCGCUCGUUCGCCGCUGGCAACGACGCCGCGGCGGCGGCGACUGCGUCGACGACGACCACCGCCAAGCCGGUGCGGCAAGAGCUGCAGGAGUUCGCGAGGGAGGCGAAGGCCGUGCUGCGUGUGCCGUCGUUCCAGGUCAUGGUCGCGCAGGGGCUCACGGGCUCGUUCCCCUGGUCGGCGCUCUCCUUCACGGCAAUGUGGCUGGAGCUCGUGGGGUUCUCCCACGGCGAGACGGCGGCGCUCAUGGCGCUGUUCAAGGCCGCCACCUCGCUGGGCGCCCUCCUCGGCGGCAAGAUGGGGGACGCCAUGGCGCGGCGGUUCAAGAACUCCGGCCGCAUCGUCCUCGCCCAGGUCAGCUCCGGCUCGGCGGUGCCCCUCGCCGCCGUCCUCCUCCUCGCGCUCCACGGCGACCCACCCGCCGCCGCCAAGCACGGCGCCGCGCUGUUCGCCCUGGGGCUCAUGGCGUCGUGGAAUCCCUCGUCGACGAACGGCCCGAUACUGGCGGAGAUCGUGCCGCCGCGGUCGAGGACGAGCGUGUACGCGCUGGACCGGACGUGCGAGGCCGUGCUCGCGUCGUUCGCGCCGACGGUGGUCGGCGUCCUCGCCGAGCGCCUGUACGGCUACGACCUGGCUGCGCGGGGGGGCGCCGCCGCCGUCGAGGCGGAGCGGCGCAACGCGGCGUCCCUCGCGAGUGCACUGUACACCGCCAUCGCCGUCCCCAUGGUGCUGUGCUGCCUCAUCUACUCGUUCCUGUACUGCACCUACCCGAGGGACAGGGAGGCGGCGGCGCGGGCGGAGGCGGCGGCGCCGAGGGGAGACGGCGGAGCUCGGCCCGACGGCGGCGAGGGGUCUGACACCGAGGAUGAAGGGGAGGAUGAGAGGAAAUUGCUUCCGCAAUGAUGGAAAUUUAGGGCUGAUUUAUUUUUGUUUAUGCAGCUUUAUAUUCGUUACAAAAACUCCAGUAUACCACUAGCUCACUACCAAACCAUGGAAAUUUAUUCGGGGAUAAUUUAAUCAAAUUGUAAUCGACAUUUGUAUUUUAGAACUUUUCAUCUAUAAAUGA